CCCCAAUAGGAAUCUCCAAUACUACACUAAAAAUUCAUAGUUUCAGUUUAAUUUGUUGUUAACUUCAAAAGCAAACCAAAUAUGGAUAAUUCUCAGAACAUUGGUUACCAAGCUGGCCAGGCCAAGGGCCAAGCUCAGGAAAAGGGUAAUCAGAUGAUGGAAAAGGCUGGCAAUGUUGCGCAGUCUGCCCAAGAAACAAUGCAGCAGGCGGGGCAGCAAAUGAAGGCCACGGCUCAAGGGGCAGCAGAUGCAGUUAAAAAUGCUACUGGCAUGAACAAGUAAUAAACAUGGAUCUCACAUCAUGGACAACUUUGUUCAACAUUUAGGCUAGCUAUCCGCUCUACCUUUUUUAUCUUUUUUUUUUUUUUUUUUUUUUUUAAUUUUGAACCUUUUAAUUCAGAAAUGGGGGGAGAAUCAGUUACUUAGGUUUAAGCAUAAUUAAGAAGUUUUAUGUUUCUGAAUUGAAGAAGAGGAGGAAGCUGUGCCAGUGCAAUAAUGUCAUGCCUGGCUAAUUUAUUUUUGGUUUUAUCUAGUAAUAAAGCUUGAUUCUCCUUAAUCACCCAGCUUAUUUAUCGCAAUUGCAUUAUGAUUUCUGUCCAUGGAACUUCAUGUAAAGAGAACUGAAAGA